AUGGAUCCUAAGUUAAUUGUUGGUAAUUGUAAUCAUCGGGAUACAAAGAAUGAACUCAUACGUAAGCGACCAAAACCAUUAUUAUUACAAAACAAAGAAAUAUUUAAAAUUCUUAGAGUGCCCACUAAUAGUUCCGUAACAACAUUUGCUGUGAUUACGGGUAGUGUUGCCGUCGAACUUCGACAAAUUCCCAAUCAGCCAAUUCGAUUUACGGCUGACCCAACAGAAAAGUCUCGUAAAGAAGAUGCAAUUAUCGUAUGGACUUGGAAAACAUUUAUUGAAGAGAAUGGGAGUAAUCCAUAUAUUCUUCUUCGUAUGCCAAUGACGAAGGCGCAGACUGAUACGUCGAUUACCUAUUCAUGCAUCGGACCUAUCCCACCGAGUGGUUACUGGGAUGGCAUGUUCAUUCAAGUGACAUUUCCUGGACGUGAUAGUACAACAUUAGAUUUGACCACAGAAACGCUCAUCUUGCCCAAUGCUUAUCCAGUGGAUCCAUGCACAGCUUGUAAUUCAUUUGCACGUGAAGUUAUCAUCGAUCAUAGAAAUGCACUUGGAGAUGAUGAUGAUAUGAUGAACUACGAGUUGCCUUCAUUAACGGCUAAAUGGUGUUGGCAAGAUGAUGAUGAUAAUGAUGAGAAAAUCUAUGAUGAAAACCAUACACGUCAAAUUGAAGACAAAUUUCAACAUUAUUUGAAAACAUCUACCAUAUUACCAUCGGUAAUUCCUGUAGAUAAUUUAAAAAGUGGUACUAUUGUGAACCACAGUAUCCAUUUUCUGCCUAAUUUGAAGCAAUUAUUGACAAGUAAUAGAAGUGCACUAGAUGAUCACCUUGUCUGUGGAUAUCAAAUGAGAGAAAGUACUGGCUAUAAACGAGAUAUCAUUCGCUAUCCAGUGGUACAAAAGACUCAGUCAACACCUGUUACUUAUUCUCCUAAACCAUUGGAUCUAUAUAGCUUGCAAAUGGUAACAACUAACGACGAUUGGGAUAUUGUCAGUAUCAGCAGUGAAGCAAUAACUGAAGCUGAAAUAGCAAUUAGAAAAGCAAUUGUCUCUGCCACUAUUUCGGAACAAUACUCCGUCAAUCUGGACAAAGACAUCGAUGUACAUAAAGAACAAAAUAAAUCUAUUGCAACUCAACAACAAAUUCAAAUUAAUUUUCAACAAGAAUGUUCGGAACAACUACCAAUGAUAUUAAAAGGUUUGAAACCAAGUGUACAAGAAGCCAAAUUAAAAAUUACUUUAUACGCUCAUGAUAUUUUGAAAAUGCAAGUAGAUAACGAUGAUGAAUUGCGCAUACCUAAAGAAUGGAGUGAUCAAAAAGAAGGAUGCCACUUAGUUGAAAUUCCUAGAAAUGAUCCUACCUUCACUCGUAUUGAAAACAGUAUGAAAGAAACUAUGAAUAAUGUGAAAAUCGAUAAAAUCGAACGAGUGCAAAAUGUACGCAUGUGGAAUCAUUAUGUGUUUCGUCGUCGAGAACUUAGAAAAGAACUGAGUAUUAUGCCUAAUUUACAAAUUGAAAUAGAACUAUUUCAUGGAACGCGAACGACACCACCAAGUGAAAUUUACAAUGGUGAAUAUAGCUUCGACAUGACAUUUAGUACAAGUGGUAUGUGGGGUAUCGGUGCAUACUUUGCUAAAAAUGCUUCAUAUUCUUGCGGCAGCUAUGCUUAUCAAUUACCGAAUGGAAAACGCCAAGUAUUUUUAGCCCAAGUUUGA